AUGUCGGAGGAGCGCAGCAAGAUAUACUCGCUCCGCAGCGGCAAGAGGAAGAAGCGCCCGACCAUCAGCGCCCCCAGACAGAUCUCGAGUCCUAUUCUUCAGGAUGGCUCAGCCAAACUGCCGCCAGUUAACGAGGCUGCCCCUCGACCUCGACCGCGUCCACCUCCAGUGGCUGGUACAAAGACCUCGGAUCUUGUAAAGCGACGAUACUCGACACGGUUCAAUGCUCUACCUGCCAACAAUUACAAUGCCGGUGCUCCCCCGAUGCCGCCAGCGCCCUCUUUGGGUAACUACGAGCCCAGAGACCAUGCCGCUGCCCGACCGCCCCCCUCACGAGCCGGAGCUGCCCCCGUCGUGGACAUGAAGGCACUGCGAGACCCAGACCUGACUCCGGAUCAAUACGUCGCGGCCGUCCUGAGCGAUGCGACCGAGGAUCAGAUCCGCGAGUUCGAGGACUCGCUCCGCAAGGUCAAAGUUCGUGUGGGAACAGACCUGCAGCAGAGCGUCAUGCAGAACAGGACACAGUUCAUCAAGAUUAGCAAGGAGGCGGAGAAGCUCAAGAGCGAGAUGAGAAAUCUAAAGAACUUCAUGUCGGAGCUCAAGGUGAAUACGACGGCAAUGAGGGCAGCCGCCGCAAAGGGCGACGACUCCAACAUGUCUGGGGACCUCACGCUCAGCAAGAGGGACAGACGAAGCUCCGUCGCAGACAGAAGCGCUCUCUGGAACACACAGAUGCAAGCACUAUUCAAGGGCGUGGAAGGAUCGCAAAAGUUCCUCCCUAACGCGGCAGGACGUCAUGUUGUCCAGAACGCAGGACCUUGGAUCGAGCUGGACAAUGCCACGUACAAGUCACGCCGGGCGAUGCAGAUCUUUCUGCUCAACGAUCACCUGCUCAUAGCAUCGCGUAAGAAGCGAAAGACUGAUGCGUCGAAUUCCGACGCGCGAGGGCCGAUGAUGAAGAUGGUGGCGGACCGCUGCUGGCCGCUCCUGGAUGUCGAGGUGGUGGACAUGACGAGUACUGCAGAGUCUGGAGGGCGCAACAAGCUGGCUGAUGCCAUCAUGGUGCGAGGAGUCGGACAGGAAUCUUUCAUCUAUCGGACGGAGAAACCUCAGGACCCCGAGAAGAAGCAGCUACUCCUCAACGUGCGCAAAGCAGUUGAGCAGCUUCGCAAGGGUCUUCGAUCUGAGAUGGAGGCCAACAACAAGGCACGUGAGACGAUAAACUAUUUUGCCUCUCGAGAUCCCGGUCUCCUUCAAAAGACUGAGCUCCUGGCGACUCUGUCCGAUAUCAAGGACAUGCUCAUUGAGGUGGACGGCAAGCAGCACAACCUACGCUGGGUCGAGAGUGAGAUGGACGACCUCGAUAUCGAUGUUGCGAUGCAGAGGUUCGAGGUGGCUGUUGUCCGCGUCGAGAAGCUCAAGGCAAUUGCUCGAGGGCUCAAGAACAACGCCAUCGCUCAGGAUUUCAUCAACUUUAAAGUCGGCGAGCGAUGCGCAAAAUUGGCUAGCAUGAUUGUUCGUGAGCUUGAAAUGACGCACGACAACAAUGCCAAGACGCGGCGCAACGUCAGCUGGCUGACCAGACUUGGGUUUGAAGACAGUGCUAGGGAGUCAUACCUGGCAGCGAGGACAGACACGAUUCACAAGCGAUCGAGGCAAUGCAUCUUUCAGGGAGACCUCCACCUCUAUAUCUGGGAGCUCUCGUUUGUGUAUUUCACCAUUAUCCACAACACGGUGCAGUGCUUCCAGUCCUGCUUUCCUCCUCCCAUGAUGAGUGUGUGUGUCAAGUGGUCCAAGGAGGAGGUGGAAGCGUUCAACGUGAUCCUAGCACGGCAGCUUAGUAGCACGGAGCCUGGGGGAGCAGUUUGGACGCAGUGCAUGGACAGGGCCAAGGAGCACGCCAAGAAGCUGUCAGAAGUCGGUUUGGACUUUGUCAACCUGGUGGGACGGGACCUGCAGAGCAGCGGUCCAGUGGAAGAGGAGGCGCCUAUCGGACUGGGGUUGUCGUGA